AUGGACGAAUUGUUGUCGAGCGAGCUGUCUGCUGAGACGUUGGCAGCGCUGCAGGCGCAUCUACUGGAGCGCCAUCAGGAAGAGGAUGCCCCCGUAUCGGAAGAUUUCCGCCUCUCGCAAUUCUGGUAUGACGAAAAGACCGGGCGUGCGUUAGCGCAGGAGGCCAUCGACCAUAGCAGCAGCGAACUCAAGAUCGCCUUCGUUAGCACCCCCGCGGCCUAUCGCGAUUUUCUUAAAAUUCAGAGCGAGGAGGAGGACGAGGCCAAGCGCGUUGUCAUGGGCGACAACGUCUACAUCUUCGAGUACGACCGCCGGUUCGGCGAGAAGUACGGCGACCGCUUCUGCUUCUACGACUACAACGCGCCCACAGACCUGCCCGAGAAGUUCCACCACUUUUUCGACUACGUGUUGAUGGAACCGCCGCAUCUGAGUCCCGACUGCUUGGAGAAGUUCUCCGACACGAUGCGAUGGUUGGCCAAGGAUGUGGAAGCGGUACCCGGCAAGAAGGACCGCGUCAUUAACCCGUCCACAUUUAUCAACUCUCAACUUUUGCGUAAGGAGAUGAAGGCGGAUCUGGGAUUCACCCCGACGGGAUUCUACCCGAGCUUCGAGUCGAAAUUAUCCAACCACCUCCUCACAUACACCAACUACGAGUCUGAAAGAUUCGGUCCUUGCGAGGAGCCUGGUGAUGAGGAAGAUGAGUAG